CUAUACUCAAAUCCAUUGAGCGCCAGCAGCAACGAAACUGAAAUGCACAAAUUCAAAUACCUGAUGCGACUACUUUAAACCAUCGAUGUUGAAUGCGCCACUUUUGUUAGUUGUGUCUCCCACCAACAAAGCAAUUACCGCACACACACACCCACAAUGCGGCAACCCCAAAAACCAAUUUCGAAACCACUAAUUAAAUCCCUUCAGUCCUGCGAGUAAAAUCAACGCCACACUACAUAUUUCAGUUGAUUUACCGUGUCGCACGCGUCAGAGUCAGAGCUUUCACACAUCCGAGUGGCGCCACCAACUACCCACACCAACGCAACGUAACGCGACGUGACACAAUCACAACGAUAAUGGAAAUAGAAGAACAACCGGACAUAAAUAUGCCAACGACGGGCGAAACGAGCAUCUCAAACGGCACACCGAUAGUUGGCCGACGCAAAACAACAACAACAAUGCCACUUGGAAGCCCAGCAACACUCACUGCAGUAAUACUAAUUUUCAACAUAACCUCAGCCGCAUUAACUUUAGCUGCCGCGGUAACAUUGAAAACAACAGAAGCGGCUGCAGCGGCGCCAGGACAGCAGUCGAUGAACAGCACAAUUGGCGCAAAUUCCAAUGGAAGCGCAGCAUUCAUAAGUGAUGCACACGUUAACACAACGACCAGCGCCUUGUCGGCGUCCACUGCGACCGCAGAUGUGCCGCUUGUUGCAACUACAAUGCCUUAUGCAGAAAGUGGCAGCAACAGCGGUGCGACGAGUACCAGCGCAAAUGCGCGCAUCAGUGGCAGCGUCGGCAGUGCGGUUGAGUUGCGCGACGAGGAGCAGCGGACCGAUUUAAUCAACAACAAAUGGGUGCAAAUCAUCUUCUGCCUCAUCUAUGCGACAAUAUUCGUGUUGGGCAUUUUCGGCAAUGUGCUGGUGUGCUAUGUCGUGUUGCACAAUCGCGCCAUGCAAACGGUGACCAACAUCUUCAUCACGAACCUUGCGCUCUCGGACAUACUGCUGUGCGUGCUGGGAGUGCCAUUUACGCCGCUCUACACCUUCAUGGGUCGCUGGGUGUUCGGGCACACACUCUGCCACCUAGUUACGUUCGCGCAGGGUUGUAGCAUUUACAUUUCAACAUGGACGCUCAUGUCAAUUGCCAUCGAUCGUGUUUUCGUUAUCGUAUUUCCCUUCCGGCCGCGCAUGAAACUCUCCACCUGCAUACUGAUCAUCGUGAGUAUUUGGUUAUUCUCGCUGCUGUUCACAAUGCCCUAUGGCAUAUUCAUGAAAGUGGUCGUGUCAGAGCAAGCUAAUAUCGAUGAAUCGCUGAUUAACAGUACCUUACAGCCGCUCGUUGUCGUGAAUGACUCCAAUAUUGCGCACAGCACUUAUGUUGUUUCGUCUGCGGUCACAACGGCUUCAGCGCACGUACUAGAUGUAACGACGACCAGCUCAGCUGCGAGCGUGACUGAGGCACUAGACGAUGCCGCUACUUACACUAUUACCACCUACUGCGAAGAGAACUGGCCCUCGGAGUCCAUUCGUCAGGUGUUCGGCUUUGUGACCAGCUCAUUGCAGUUUAUAUGCCCCUUUGGCGUGAUCACCGUCUGCUACAUUUGGGUGUCGAUAAAGUUAACUAUGCGCGGCUCAAAGCCCGGCUGUCGGUCGGUGCAGCGCGAGGAGGCCGAUCGCGAGCGCAAAAAGCGCACGAAUUAUAUGCUCAUAUCGAUGGUCGGCGUGUUUGCCAUUUCGUGGAUGCCCAUCAACAUGGUCAAUAUGAUGGAUGACUUCUAUGAGAAAUCGAAUGAGUGGCCCUACUAUACAUUCCUAUUCUUCGUUUCGCACUCGAUCGCCAUGUCCUCCACCUGCUACAAUCCCUUCCUCUACGCCUGGUUGAAUGAGAACUUCCGCAAGGAGUUCAAGCAUGUGCUGCCCUGUUUUAAUCCUUCCAAUCAUAAUGGCAUGAACUGGCGUGGUGUGCGAAAUCGUUCGGAUCGCAAUACCUGCGGGCCCCGGUUAUAUCACGGCAAUGGCUGUGGCGCAGGUAGUAUGGAUAUCGACGAUGCCGAUGAUAAUGGCAUAACACAGGAGACCUCGUUGGCCAGACCAAAAGACAGGCUGACAAUCGUGCCACGUGAACCGACUUAUGGCAAUGGCAGCGGUUGUGGUGCCUUGUCUCCGAAUAGAGGUCUUAACUCGGCGCUGGUGCAUAAUUCUCAUGUGGUGGAUAUAGUAAUGAACGAUAAGGCUCAACAUCGGCCGCGUCGUACUACGACGGAUGAUGACUGCAUAUCGGGAGAUGAGCAGACCGUGGAGAUGCGAUUCUCGGAGACACCGUUUGUGAGUUCGGACAAUGCGACGGGCACCAGUACGAUGGAGGCGAGCAGCAGCAAUGAGGUGGGCGAGCGAGGGUGUAACUGAGGAAGGGUAAUUGAGACGCACUUCUAAAAUCUGGAAAACGGCUUGCCGGCCACAUAUGUAUAGGCUAUCAAAUACUAUUAUAUAUAUAUAAUUAUAUAUUAACAAACAAGUUAAGAUGAAAGUUAAACUUGUAAAAUUAGUAGUUAAACUUAAGUAUAAACUAAUAGAUUUGUGUCAGUGAAUUUUAGUAGAUAAGAUAUAAUUGCAAAAGAGUUUGAAAAGCAACACAGUUAGCUUGGAAUCGCUAAUUUUGUAACUAAUCCUAAAAGUAUGCCUAAAAUUUUGUAUUAUAUAAAAACGCAAAGGCGCAAGGUAUUUCCAAAACAUCACACUCUUUCGCCAUAGUUUGAAAUAUUUGAGAAAUUAUUUUUUUUUUUAAGUACACACCCAAAUCAGCCAAGCUUUUCGCUUCCUUGCCGCUUUUUUUUACUUUUUGCUUCAAGCUGGUGCGUAUAACCUAACCGUUGCUGUCUAAAUUUUAAACUUCUACCUCCUUUAAAGUUGUUUUAAGUACUCGCAGCAACUUAUAUUUUUACGUUUUCCUGAAAGUCGCGCAAAAAUGGUUUCUAGUGGCAUACAGUUUAAGUCUCAUUCUAGCGCCUAAAAUUAUGUUUCUGUAUUUUUCUUUGUUUCUGUCAUUUUUCAAUUAUUUUUCGCACUUCACAAGGCAAGCAAUCAACCCUUCUUGACGCAUGAGGGCGCACGUACUUUUCAAUUGUGACAGGUUUAAUUGCUUUGCCACAGCACUCUUGCCACCGCCGCCUAUGCAUAUGCUACAAAUGUGACAAGCGCGCAAUUGCGAAAUUUAAAACAUGAGUACAAUACAAACACACGCGCAUUCAAGUGAAGUAGUAUUUGCAGAGCAAUUACGCUAAGAGGAAGGGAGAAAAAAACGUAUGAGAACAAUUAAAAAAUACAUAUGUAUUUUACAAAAGCUACAAACAAAUACAAUUAUUUGAGUACUGUACUCGUUGCUUUAAGUGCAUGCACGCUUGCAUACUUUUCGGGGUGUACGUUACGUGCGAUAUUAUUCUUUUUUAUUUGUUAACCAGCAAUUGUCAAAUAUUUUGCUGUCUAAUUCAAUGAACUGUGUUGCAUAUGCUGAAAUGAAAUGAAAUGCAAUGGAAAUGCAAAAAAGUACACAAUAUUUUAAUGGUAAACAAAAUCUAUUUUUAAGCGUAAUAUUAAGUAGCAGCGAAAUAUGUGUAAAAUUGUGUAUUUUAAAUGUGUUCGCUUGUAGCCGAAAUGUAUUGGAAAGCGUACAUUUAAUAUGACUGUAGUUAGAUUUCUACCAAAUACAUUGAAAACUUUGGCGCGCGUGCAGCCUAAAAGUUGCAAAAUAGCGUACAAAAUGAGCCCCAACUUUGGUGGUUUAAAAUAAAUGCAUAAUACAAAAAUUUACAAAAAACAACCUAAUUCAUACUGCAAAUCAAACUGAAAAUCCACAAAAUAAAAAUUGUGCGCAACUGGUCCUGGUCACACUUGAAUGCAUUCAAUAUUAAGCUGCCAAAUUAUUAACGUACAUAUAUUUGCAUACUUUUAGGCUUCGGCGUAUAUGAAUAUGUACUAUAUGUAUGCACUUGUAAAUAUGCAACAGUCAUGGAUGUAACUAAACUUAUUUUAGCUGGAGUUAGUUAAUUAGUGAUACAUUAUAAUGUUUAUAUAUAAAUAUUCGCGAGUAGAAAUUUGUGUAUUUUGGAAAAGUCAAUACUCAUGAAGCAUUAGCAUAAAUUAUUAAAAUAAUAUGUAUGCUUAGAAAAGCUUUUAGGCGCAACAAAAUGCAUUAUGGUUUUAAUUGUGAACUUAGCUUAUUUAUAAGGGUUUCAUAUAUCGAUAAAUUAGAAAUUAAAAAUGGCUGUUAUGUAAACAAAAUGCAUGGAAAUACAUCAGAUUUAAGCCGCUAAUUUAAUAAUAGUGCAAUUAAGCAGUAAGUAUAGCUUGCUUGUGUGGUGAUGUGAGGCAGCAUUUUAGGCGUACACACAUGUAUUUUAUACAAAUAUUGGCGGCGAACUUUAAUGCACAUGAUAAUGAUCAUAGACAUGUUUGUGAUGUGAGAAAAAACUUAGUUUACAAAAUAAAAUUGAAAACGUUGCCCAAAAGUAGGCAAUACCUUUAUGCGGUACUUUCAGUUGUUCGUUCAAGCAAGAAAUAUAGGGGAGCUGCAGAGUAGGCAUUUAAAGAUAAUGCUUGGAAAAUGUGUUUAUGGGAUUUUUAUAUAAAGUGUAAGCCGAAAAGUAGGCUUCAAAAUAUUUAGAUAUUAAAAUAAUUUUUGCUUUUGCUGUUAUAAUUCUGUUUUUACUUUAAUAAAAAAUAUAUAAUAAAAAACGAAACUGACUUUAAUUUUGCGCCAAUAAAUUAUGCUUGUUUUUUUUUUAAAUAUCAUUAUAUAUAAUAGUUGCAUACAUUUACGCUGACUGUGGUUUUAUAUUUAUGACAAAAAAAUGCUGUUUAGUAUAGACUUAAGCGCAGUUUUUAAUAUAAAACAUCUUCAGCAGAGUGCGAGCGCCUAAAUGUAUGUAGUAGCUCUUGGAAGUAAAAACUGCAAUUUAUGUGAGAUUUAGUACGAGUUGGUGCACCGUGCGACAAAAACAAAAAAAUUUCGAAACACACGAAGUAAUCAAUGUGCUCACGAAACUGUGGGCCAAAUAUAGUAAAACUGCGUUUUUAGUUUUUCUCUUUGACGCCAGCAUUUUUUUGAAGGACUUUCUGAUUUCAAAUAUAUGAUUAAUUCCAAAAAUUAUUUAAAAAAUUUAAUGGGUUCCA